AUGGAAAACUCCAAGUACUUGUUUCUUCAAAUUGCAUGCUUCAUCCUCUUGUUAUCCUUGUCUCCUUCAUAUGCUCACAACAAGAGCCAUGAAAGCACGCCACCUCCUGCUGGUUCCCAAGCAAAAUUUGAUUUCAAAGGUUGCUUCAAUAAGGUUUAUGCUUUCGGUGACUCAGACACAGACAUUGGAAAUGCUCACAACUUGGGUGAUCUCAAAUCCUUCAUUAGCACUUUAUUCUCUGACGCUUGGUCCCCAUAUUGCUCAUCAGAGAAUUCAAAGUUAUCUGGUUAUCGACUAUCUAAUGGCCGCUUAGUCAUUGAUUUCCUAUGUGAAGCUCUCAACAUAUCCCACUUGUCAGCCUAUAAAGGCUCUCCCGCAAACUUCUCAGGUGGUGCAAACUUUGCAGUAGCCGGAUCGACGGCUCUUUCAAGUAAUCUCUUUAGUCAUUUCAAUUUCGGUAAUCCCCUUAUGUGGAAACCAAAUCCAGAGAGUAUCUUAACUCAAAUUGAUUGGUUCCAUAAAUUUGUUGGGGAGAGAGAAUGCCAGGGAAAAGAUGAGGCUGCAUGCAAAUCAGAGCUUGGGAAUGCUCUCUUUUGGAUAGGGGCUAUUGGACAAGGGGGCAAAGUUCCUUGUGGUUCAAGGGCUACCACCAAUAGGGUGCCUUCCAUUGCAGUUGGUAACAUCUCCCUCAAAUGA